AACAACUUGCCGUAGCGGUGUUAUUUCCAAGUGCGUCGGACGGUGUACUCGUCUUGCGUGUCACUAAAUUAGUUGAUCUUUUUUCAAUAAUAUAUAUUUGUUAAAUUCAUAUCAAAAUCGUAGUGUCAGUCGGUUCGGUUAUUUGACUUGUAAAUUGGCAUAAGUUGCCGUUUUUGGGGUGUAAAAACUGGUCUAUCUUUAAGGUUCAAGUUGCUGUUACAAGUUUAGGCUUAACAGACUAGACUAGGUGUUGGUCAUUAUGCAGUUUCUUCUUACUUUCUGUGCCGUCAGUUGGUGUCGGUCGUUUUUGAGGUGUCAGUCGGUGGUCCGAUUUGCUCUUUUUCAGCCGUUAGUUGGUGGUACGAUUCGCUUUUUUUCCAGGUAGGUGUCGGUCAGUCCUCCGAUUUGCUCUUUUCGGGGUUUCGGUCGGUGGUCCGAUUCAUUCACUCUUUUAAGGUGUCGGUCGGUGGUCCGAUUUCUUUCGCGGUGUCGGUCGGUGGUACAAUUCACUCUUCGCGGUGUCGUUCGGUGGUCCGAUUUGAUCUCAAGGUGUCGGUCGGUGGUCCGGUUCUCUCUUUUCGAGGUGUCGGUCAGUGGUACGAUUAGCUUUUUUUUGAGGUGUCGGUCGGUGGUACAGUGAGUGAGUAGUUAGCUCUUUUUGAGGUUUCGGUCGGCGAUACGAUUUGCUCUCCUCUAGGUGCUGGUCGGUUGUACAAAUUUGCUCUUUUCAAGGUGUUGGUCAGUGGUCCGACUUGCUCGUGAUUCCAGGUGUCGGUCGGUUGUCUGAUUUGCUUUUUUCGAAGUGUCGGUCAGUCGUCUGAUUUGCUUUUUUUCGAAGUGUCGGUCAGUCGUCUGAUUUGCUUUUUUCAAGCCAAGGUGUCAGUCGGUACGAUUUGCUCUUCUUGAGGUGUCAGUCAGUGGUCCAAUUUUGCUCUUUUCGAGGUGUCGGUCGGUGGUCUGAUUUGCUUUUUAUGAGGUUUCGGUCAGUGGUCCAAUUUUGCUCUUUUUGAGGUGUUGGUCAAUCGUCGGAUUUGCUUUUUUCGAGGUGUCAGUCGGUGGUACGAUUUGCUCUUUUUGGGGUGUCAGUCAGUGGUCCGAUUUGCUCUUUUUCAGCCGUUGGUUGGUGGUACGAUUCGCUUUUUUUCCAGGUAGGUGUCGGUCAGUCCUCCGAUUUGCUCUUUUCGGGGUUUCGGUCGGUGGUCCGAUUCAUUCACUCUUUUAAGGUGUCGGUCGGUGGUCCGAUUUCUUUCGCGGUGUCGGUCGGUGGUACAAUUCACUCUUCGCGGUGUCGUUCGGUGGUCCGAUUUGAUCUCAAGGUGUCGGUCGGUGGUCCGGUUCUCUCUUUUCGAGGUGUCGGUCAGUGGUACGAUUAGCUUUUUUUUGAGGUGUCGGUCGGUGGUACAGUGAGUGAGUAGUUAGCUCUUUUUGAGGUUUCGGUCGGCGAUACGAUUUGCUCUCCUCUAGGUGCUGGUCGGUUGUACAAAUUUGCUCUUUUCAAGGUGUUGGUCAGUGGUCCGACUUGCUCGUGAUUCCAGGUGUCGGUCGGUUGUCUGAUUUGCUUUUUUCGAGGUGUCGGUCAGUCGUCUGAUUUGCUUUUUUCAAGCCAAGGUGUCGGUCAGUGGUACGAUUUGCUCUUCUUGAGGUUUCGGUCAGUGGUCCAAUUUUGCUCUUUUUGAGGUGUCAGUCGGUGGUACGAUUUGCUCUUCUUGAGGUGUCAGUCAGUGGUCUAAUUUUGCGCUUUUCGAGGUGUUGGUUGGUGGUCCAGUUUUGCUCUUUUCGAAGUGUUGGUCAGUCGUCUGAUUUGCUUUUUUCAAGCCAAGGUGUCAGUCGGUACGAUUUGCUCUUCUUGAGGUGUCAGUCAGUGGUCCAAUUUUGCUCUUUUCGAGGUGUCGGUCGGUGGUCUGAUUUGCUUUUUAUGAGGUGUUGGUCGGUGGUCCGAUUUACUCUUUUUGAGGUGUCAGUCAGUGUUCCAAUUUUGCUCUUUUGGAGGUUUCGGUCAGUGGUCCAAUUUUGCUCUUUUUGAGGUGUUGGUCAAUCGUCCGAUUUGCUUUUUUCGAGGUGUCAGUUGGUGGUACGAUUUGCUUUUUUUGGGGUGUCAGUCAGUGGUCCAAUUUUGCUCUUUUUGAGGUGUCAGUCAGUGGUACGAUUUGCUCUUUUUGAGGUGUUGGUCAGUGGUCCGAUUUGCUUUCUCGAGGUGUCGGUCAGUCAUCUGAUUUGCUUUUUUUUUUGAGCUUUCGGUUGGUGGUAUAAUUCGCUCUUUUUGAGGUUUUGGUCGGCGGUACGAUUUGCUCUCUUGUAGAUGCCGGUCGGUUGUACGAUUUUCUCUUUUCUGAGGUGUUGGUUGGUUGUACGAUUUUCUCUUUGAGCGCUAUUGGUACACAUUGCUCUUUGAGUGCUAUUAAACACGGUGUGUGCUCUGGCAGCGCUUAGGCCCAUGGAGCAGUGUGUGAACGUGGAGCGGGAGCUGGACAAAGUGCUCCACAACUUCUCCGGCUACGGGCAGCAGUGUGACACGGCGCUGGAGGAGCUGCUGCAGUACAUCAAGGGGCUGAGAGAGGAGCUCACUCAGGCUGGAGAGAUGGAGCUGUCAGGAACCCUCUCGCUGGUUCUCUCUCAGUGCUGCAAAAGGAUAAAGGACACCGUGCAGAAACUGGCCGUGCACCAUAAGGACAUCCACAGCAGUGUGUCUCGAGUAGGAAAGGCCAUCGAUAAGAACCUGGACUCUGACCUGGGCAGCGUGGGCAUCGAGGGAUGUUGGCAGGCGGAGAGCCAGCGGCUGCUUAGCGAGGUGAUGGUGGAGCACUUCUUCAGGCAAGGUGUGCUGGACGUGGCUGAGGAGCUCUGCCAGGAAGCUGGACUUUGCAUUGACCCAAGUCAAAGAGAGCCGUUUGUAGAAUUAAACAGAAUAUUAGAAGCCCUCAAACUCAGAGACUUAAGACCUGCCUUACAGUGGGCUGUGGAGAACAGGGAGAUGCUCAUGGCCCAGAACAGUUCGCUGGAGUUCAAGCUGCACAGCCUGAGCUUCAUCCGGUUGUUGAUGGGAGGCACAGCCAAUCAAAGAGAAGCUCUGCAGUACGCCAAAAACUUUCAGCCUUUUGCCGGCAAUCACCAAAAAGACAUACAAGUGUUGAUGGGGAGUUUGGUGUAUCUGCGGCAGGGCAUCGAGAACUCCCCCUACGUUCACCUGCUGGACUCGAACCAGUGGUCAGACAUCUGCGACAUCUUCACUCGGGACGCUUGCUCCCUGCUGGGCCUCUCUGUAGAGUCGCCGCUGAGCGUCAGUUUUUCUGCUGGCUGUGUUGCCCUUCCUGCUCUCAUUAACAUCAAAGCUGUCAUAGAACAGAGACAGUGUAUGGGUGUCUGGAACCAGAAGGAUGAACUUCCAAUUGAGGUGGACCUGGGAAAAAGAUGCUGGUACCACUCGGUGUUUGCUUGCCCCAUCCUCCGACAGCAAACAACGGAGAGUAACCCUCCCAUGAAGCUGGUUUGUGGACACAUCAUUUCCAAAGAUGCCCUCAACAAAAUGAUCAACGGGAGCAAGUUGAAAUGCCCAUACUGCCCGAUGGAGCAGGUCCCUGCAGAUGCUAAGCAAAUCUACUUCUAAGAGGAGGACAUGAGCCACACACACAAAACUGUUUACAGUCUGCUUUGUACAGAACUUCUUGGUUGAUGAAACUGGCUAUGAAGUAGGAAACACUCAAGACUUAGAGUCGCAGGAAAAGUUUGCUUGUUCAUUAGAAGCUGAUCAGUUCACACCAGCACUAAAUCUUUUUCAGAAUCGAAACGAAAAGUUUGUCUAAUUGAUGAAAGAAGUAUUCUCUAUUUAAAAAUCGAAUGCUUUGCUUUUCCUUUUGGGAUAUUUUACUUAGUGUUCGUGUGACAUUUGAAGCUGUUGCAUUUGAAUGUUUCUUUUCCGAGAAAUGUACAUAAAUAUUUAGGAUUAAUGUUGCAUCGUUCUUUUCAUUGAUGGAAAAACUACACAGAUUGCAUGAAACUCCAGAGCCUUGGCUGUUUCGCAUUGAUAGCAGAUUUGUACUACUGAUUCACUGAAAAGGUGUAUUGCUUUGGACGGAUUAUUCUUAAGAGGACGACUGCUGUCAGAAAUCUAUUUUAAAAGUGUACGUAUAGCAUUGAAGUGUGUGAUGCAUCAUUAGUGAAAACCACAGACUGUGUGUACAGUCCAUUGUGUCUGUGGCUUUAUUUGGCAAAAAGCUGAUAAAAUAUUUUAUCUUCAGAAUAUGCUUCUGCCUCUGUAUUUUAAUUCUCUGUUGACAAUCGCCUUCAUCUGCAGUAGGAGUUUCAUGUAUUACAGUCAGAUGAGUCUUUUUGUAGAAGACAAAGGCAGACGCCUCUUCAGUUGGACUAAAGUGGAGCUUAUCCGAAAUCCUGGAAGCGUGUAUAGUAUAUCUUUACAUAAUUGGGCUGGAGUUCUUCAUUUUUGUUGUACACUGCUGUUUCUAUUCAUGUGUAAAUUUAAAAAAA